UAUUAUUGAUAACAUGUUGGGUUGGCGGGCCCGAAAAAAUAGUUGACGUAAAGUGGGUGGAAAAUGGCUGAUGUCAAGAAUCGGCUUUUUCAAUUUUAGUUUAGUUUUCACAAAAAUAAUCUCAUGCUUGUAAAUUUAGGUGGAUAGUAGUUGGAUAAAGCCUGCUCCAAAAUGAUUGGGGGGCUGUUUGUGUACAACCACAAGGGCGAGGUGCUAAUUUCCCGCGUUUACCGUGAUGAUAUCGGGAGGAACGCCGUGGACGCUUUCCGCGUCAACGUAAUACACGCCAGACAACAAGUCCGCUCUCCAGUUACCAACAUUGCACGCACCUCUUUCUUCCAUAUUAAGAGAGCUAAUAUAUGGAUAGCAGCCGUAACCAAACAAAAUGUGAAUGCUGCAAUGGUUUUUGAGUUCCUGCUGAAGAUCAUUGAUGUGAUGCAGAACUAUUUUGGAAAAAUUUCAGAAGAAAACAUUAAGAACAACUUUGUGCUCAUCUAUGAACUUCUUGAUGAAAUUCUGGAUUUUGGUUAUCCCCAAAAUACCGACACGGGUGUUUUGAAAACGUUUAUUACCCAGCAGGGAAUAAAGUCAGCUACAAAGGAAGAACAAGCCCAAAUAACUUCUCAAGUAACAGGUCAAAUCGGAUGGAGACGCGAAGGUAUCAAAUAUCGUCGCAACGAAUUGUUCCUCGACGUUUUGGAGUAUGUUAAUCUACUAAUGUCUCCUCAAGGACAAGUGCUCUCUGCUCAUGUGGCCGGAAAAGUCGUGAUGAAAUCCUACUUAUCCGGAAUGCCGGAAUGCAAGUUCGGUAUAAACGACAAGAUAGUGAUGGAGGCAAAGGGCAAGGGUGGAUUGGGCUCGACCUCCGACUCGGAUCCGGCCCGUUCGGGCAAGCCCGUGGUCGUGAUCGACGACUGUCAGUUCCAUCAGUGCGUCAAGCUCAGCAAAUUCGAGACCGAACAUUCCAUUAGCUUUAUACCGCCCGACGGCGAAUUUGAAUUAAUGAGAUACCGAACAACAAAAGACAUAUCGCUGCCCUUCCGCGUCAUCCCGCUGGUCAGGGAGGUGGGACGCACAAAGAUGGAAGUAAAGGUGGUUUUGAAGAGCACCUUCAAACCCUCGUUGCUCGGCCAGAAGAUCGAAGUUAAGAUACCCACUCCAUUGAACACUUCUGGCGUUCAGCUGAUUUGUCUCAAAGGCAAAGCCAAGUACAAGGCGUCCGAAAACGCCAUCGUGUGGAAGAUCAAACGCAUGGCUGGCAUGAAGGAAACCCAACUGUCCGCCGAAAUAGAACUCCUGGAAACUGAUACGAAAAAGAAAUGGACCAGACCGCCGAUUUCCAUGAACUUUGAAGUGCCGUUCGCACCGUCCGGCUUCAAAGUUAGAUAUUUGAAGGUGUUCGAACCAAAACUGAACUAUUCGGACCACGAUGUUAUUAAAUGGGUGAGAUACAUCGGCAGGAGCGGUCUAUACGAAACAAGAUGUUAAAUGGCGUUGGUUUAAGUUGCGGAGUUCACCAGAAUUGUCAAGCCAUAUAUUUUUUUUUCUUUUGAUCGAAUCUAAUUUCAUAAAAUAUUCGUAGUAAAUAGGCAUUCCUAAACUAUAUUUUUUAUUAAUUAUGUUAUUCUAUGUCUAAUCAUUUAUAAAAUGUACGUCUAAGUUCCAAAAUUAUACUCAUUUUAACGCUUAUGUUUCAAAUAGUUGAAAUAAUUUAUCAAAUAAAUUAUAAUCUUGAUGUGGAAAAAACACAGUAAGUUGUAGAAAAUACAUGUAUAUUUGUGAAUUGUAAUGUUAAAGCUUGGAAAUAUGUUGUAGCCCAAUAAAAUACUGAAAGUUAA